AUGGCAUAUCAAAGUUCAGCACAGCGCCUCCAUGCGCUUCGAGAUGAGUACGGUGACCCAAAGCCCGCAGAAAUAUCUCGAAAGGUAACUGCUUGUGUCUCGUGCCGGAAACACAAGGUCAAGUGUGACCUCCAGAAUUCCGGGGUGCCAUGUACCAGGUGUAGGAAGCGAGGCUUGUCCUGUGCAGUCAAGAAAAGUCUGCAGAUGCUCUUAGAGGACGAUGCCACGUGGAAGGGUCGUAUAGAAGAAGAAGUUGCAAGAUUGACUGCCGGCAUGGCGAGACUUUCAGAACACUUAUCAUUGCCUGACCUCCUAGAGGAUUCAGAAGACGUCGAUAGUGCACGAGGAACCACGGCAAUACCAACACCUGCUGCUGGUCAACCAAUCUCUUCAAGUAUUGAAGAGGUGACUGGUGACAAUAGCGACGUAUGGAACGAUAAUGCGGUUGAAGACUAUGGGCCAGCAGCUAUCCCAGCCUCCAUCGUCUCGGAAGUCACAAAACACUCUCCAUCAGCCCGAGUCACGGAAAGGUCGAGGUCGAAGCCCGACAUUAUUUCUCGCGGAAUCUUGACACUCGAGCAAGCGGAGAUGUUGUUCAACUACUACAUGACCAAACAUGAUAAUUCUAUUUAUAGCGUCCUUGAGGAAGGCUCAACAUUUACCACAAUACGGAGCAGCUCACCGUUUCUACUGGCAGCUAUAUGUGCAGUAGCAAGUCUUCAUGUUGUCUCCUCCGAUGUUCCCUAUGAAAGAUGUUACGACGAGUUUGUGCAAAUGAGUACGCAACAUGCCUUCUCCUCGAGAAACAACAUGGACGACAUUCGAGCACUAUGUAUUGGGGCGUUCUGGCUCCCGGAAAUUUCCUGGAUUUUGAUCAGUAAUGCCGUUCGUAUUGCGACUGAGUUGCAGCUUCACAGGGCGUACCGAGGGGCAAUUGCGGGCAAUAGGAAGGCUUAUGUGGCCGCUCGGUUAUAUUAUCUCGUUCAUGUCUGCGAUCAUCAAUUCUCCAUUGCCUACGGACGUCCGCCGCUCACAGGAGAGUAUGAGGCAGCACUUACUGCAGAUGAGUUCCUUACCAGUAAAUUUAUCGUAGAGGAUGAUUUCAGGCUCAUCAGCCAAGUCAAGCAUUGGUCCAUCACCAGUAAUGUGUUUCAGACUUUCGGAACAGACAUACAACACCCCAUACCGGAGAACCUGAUCGGUCACCUCCAGAGACUUAAUCUUGAGCUUGAUACUUGUCGACUAGAGUGGAGCACAAAAUUCAGACAGCAUAAACAUAUCGGAAAUUAUCCUCGCAAAGGUGUCAGCCUGCACUACCACUUCGCUAAGCUUUACCUCUGUUCUCAUGCGUUCAGAGGCAUUUCGAAUAACAACGCAGCGACAAAUGCAAUGUCGCGUGAGAUGAGAGAAGUAGCCGACAAUGCUGUGCUUUCCGCCACUUCUAUAUUACGAAGCAUCAACACAGACGUGGAAUUUCAAUCGUUCAUGAGCGACCUACCUUUAUACUUCGAUACCAUGAUCGCAUUUGCUUCAGUGUUUUUGUUUCGCAUUACUACGAGCUAUAUUCAUGCUAUCCACGUUGAUGUGCAUGAAAUUCUACGCCUCCUAGGCCAGAGCGUUAGAGUACUAGAUGAUAUUGCCUCCAAAAUCAGACCGGCACAUCUUCUUGCCGGAAUAUCGGAAGGUCUCAAGAGCCUCCUCGAACAGUUUGAAAAUGCGAGACAAAGAGAGGCCCCGAACACGGAAAGAGCUCAACCACCGACCGCUGGCAUUGACAUGCAAUUACCGGAAGCUAUAGACCUACCAGUUGAUCAAUUCGACUAG